AUGGUUCAUGACGAUUACACCCAUCUCUUUAAAGUUCUAGUAGUUGGUAGCAGUGGUGUUGGUAAAACUUGCCUUCUUCUCAGGUAUACUGAGAGUGUUUACAAAGAGACGUACGGCAGCACAAUCGGAGUUGAUUUUAAAAUGAAGACUCUAGAUCUCAAUGGCGAACGAGUCAAAUUACAAUUAUGGGAUACAGCCGGCCAAGAAAGGUUCCGAACAAUCACAUCUAGUUACUAUCGGAAUGCUCAAGGUAUUGUUUUAGUUUUUGAUUUAACCGAUCGUGAAACAUUUAUUGAUCUAAAAGGCUGGAUUAAUGAAAUCAGUUGUAAUACCAGUACACCCGUUGUAAUUCUUCUUCUUGGCAACAAACUAGACGAAACUUCCACUACCGGACUUGCCGUCCAAGAUGAAGAAGUCGCCAGUCUAAUUGAUAGUCAAAGAUCCGAUAAGCUCAUUAUUUGGGGCUACAAGAAAGUCUCAGCCAAAACCGGCGAAGGAGUGACCGAGUCCUUUACCGAAAUAGCCUCCGCCAUCAAAAAAGAGAUACCACAACCCCGUACCAGCACUACUCGUCAACUAGCCACCGAAAUAGAUUCAGAACUAGGUCUUUCCCGCUGGUGGUGUUUCUAA